GGUUAAUACACAGCAGUGUUUGAUAGUUCCCGCUACUCUCUUCCGAGUUUAACUGCCGCAAAUUGGUCGUGUAAAACACGCGGUCUGCGUCGUCCCACACGAAGAAGUCCGCACCCAAACAAAAGAAUCACCAUGGCGUUGAAAGAGACUGCGGGGCUGUAUGAGACACUCAAAGCCGAAUGGAACAAGAAAAACCCAAAUCUGAGUAAAUGUGGAGAAAUUCUGAGCAAACUGAAGGUUUCAUUACUGGAGCUGAACUUUUUACCAACCAGUGGGUCCGCGCUCACCAAGCAGCAGCUCAUUUUAGCUCGUGAUGUUCUUGAAAUUGGAGCCUUGUGGAGCAUCCUCAAGAAGGACAUCCCAUCCUUUGAGAGAUACAUGGCCCAGCUAAAAUGUUACUACUUUGAUUACAAGGAAGAGCUGCCUGAAGCUGCCUACAUGCACCAGUUACUUGGUCUGAACCUGCUCUUCCUGCUCUCACAAAACCGUGUGUCUGAGUUUCACACAGAACUAGAGAGACUGAGUGCACGAGAUAUUCAGACCAACGUAUACAUCAGACACCCAGUGUCCUUAGAGCAGUACUUGAUGGAGGGAAGCUACAACAAGGUAUUUCUUGCCAAAGGCAACAUCCCUGCUGAGAGCUACACCUUUUUUAUAGAUAUUCUGCUUGACACAAUUCGUGAUGAGAUCGCAGGUUGCAUAGAGAAAGCAUAUGAGCAGAUCCAGUUCAGUGAAGCCACCCGCGUGCUUUUCUUCAGCUCCCCAAAGAAGAUGACAGAGUAUGCCAAGAAGAGGGGAUGGAGUUUGAGCCCAGAUGGUUAUUACUCCUUCACCAGUCAGCAGCAGCGGACAGAAGAAGUGACCAUCCCCUCGACGGAGCUGGCACAACAGGUCAUCGAAUAUGCACGACAGCUGGAAAUGAUUGUGUAAUCCGCCCCCAGGAACACACUCAGCCAUGUACAGACACACUCAACACGCCGUUGGUCCAGUAUACAUCCAGUCAACUCAAAUGCAUUUCCCUGAGGAAUAUGAAUUCAUCGAUUGCUUGGGUGUUUGAUUUGAUUCCCAUACAUAAGAAAGAAAUCAGUCAACGUUUAUUUUUCUUGUAUUCUCAAAUCUGUCUGCGGGUCUUCCUCUUUGGCAGUUUGCUUUUCAUUUUAUAACAGGGGGAACAAAAUGAAAAGAAUAAGAGGAGAUCAGUCGGUUCAGCACAUGCUACACAUUUACCUUUAUUGAAAAUAUUUUAGGGUUUCUAAGUGUUACAGUUAAUUAUUUUAUACAAGAUACCAUUUUUCAACAUUAGAAUUUUAUGCAGUUCCCAGCUGGUGACUGAAAGACAAUAACAUCCGGUCCAGCCACUACAGUGAAAGCCCUUGUGUCUCAGCUCUUUCAUAACUACAGGAAAAGUUAAUUACAAUCACCACCCUGUGACUUUGCAUUUCAGUGUCACAUAAAACUAUAAACACAAAACAUUUUUCCCCACAAAUUCAAGCAAACUCUUUUUGUAUACAAAGUUCAUUUUCCCGUUAGUAGCGCUCACGGAAAUGUAUUGCCCUUGCCUUGUAUCCUAGCAACUGAGAGAAUUGCCAUUGAAGUUUGUGAGUGUUUUCUAAAUGGUAAUGCCUCUUCCUCCCUAGAUGGUUUGUAAUCCGGUUGAUCUCAUGUUGCAAAUCUUUGUCUGCAAUAAAUGACUCGGAAAAUAAACUUUUUGAACAAC